CUGAUGUCUACGAAGUUCAAAAACCUGUUUAUGAGCCACAAGUCGUUCACCGGAAUUGAAUCAAGUUAUGUCUCAAAGAAGAUCUACCAGUGCUCCCAGCACCGCCUCCUCCAGCUUUCAGACCUGCGAGAGAGUAUGUCCCGGGCGAGGAAAUCCACCCAUCUAUGGAUUUCCCCAUGUUUUCUCCAAAUCAGCCUGCAAUCUUCUGUGUCUUACCAACCCCGAGGCUGGUUCAACCCACAUUAGUCUCAACACCAGUCCCAGUCUUGUCACUGUUGGCUCCAGCCUAUACACCAGUCUCCACAGUGCCAACCCUGUCACCAGCCUCUCCAGCACAGCUGCCAUCGACUCUGAGUCCAGCCAGUCCUGAACUAAUACCAGCUCCUGAGUUUCCAGCUGCAGCUCCAGAAGUCCCAAGAGCUCCAGAAAUCUCAAGAGUUCCAGAUUCUCCAGAGGUGGUGUUGCGCAGAUCCCAAAGGUUGACGCAAGGACAACUACCAGCUAGGUGCAGUCGAGCCUAAAAGUGUGUCUGGAGUCAUAGGAGGCCUCAAGUCAAGUCUGCAGCCACAAGCUACAAGUCUAC